AGCGAAUAGAAGAGGCGAGGCUACCUUAGAAAAUAAGCUGAUUGGCUCAUUGGAAUUUAUCUAACCAAUAAGAAAUCAAGUGUGUAACUAGGCCUCAUAAGGCUAAACACUAACAUGGCGGCCAUGGUGGACUUCGCAGUUUUCCGAAUUUGCUCAUCUGUUGUGUCCAAUAUGUUGCCUGGAUGUACUUCUAAGACAUCGUAUUUAGUUGCUAGAGUGUUUCCUGUGCGCCAUCUCUGCGGAUCAACCAUCCAAAGUAGAACUUCUUGGCAAGAACGACAGGAUUCUCACAAACAUAUGAAAAUUGAUCCGCUUCAGAGAACUCGAGCGACAUUUGUUCAAAAUAGGGGCGUCCCUGGUGUGGAGAAUAGACCAGCAGCCACAAAAUUAUCUUGUGGUGUUGAUUCUAGGUAUUUUAAAGUAAAAACAAACAGAUGUUAUCACUCUCGUAGAUAUGUAAACACGGCACGCAUUGUGGAGGCCUGUCCGCCCGCCAUUCAGCCUUAUCUUCGGUUGAUUCGCUUUGACAAACCAGUAGGAACAUGGCUACUGUAUUCACCAUGCACAUGGAGCAUAGCACUUGCAGCAUCUCCUGGCUCUUUUCCAGACCUCAAAAUGUUGACUCUUUUUGGCAUAGGAGCACUGGUAAUGAGAGGGGCUGGGUGUACUAUUAACGACAUGUGGGAUGUAGAUUUUGAUAAGAAGGUGGCACGCACUAUUUCCAGACCACUAGCCGAUAGUUCUCUUACGCAUUUCCAGGCCUUAGUAUUUCUUGGAGCACAGUUGAGCAUUGGGCUCUCAAUAUUACUCUCGCUAAACAACUACAGUAUAAUUCUUGGAGCGGCAUCCCUUGGACUUGUAGUGACAUAUCCUCUGAUGAAAAGAAUCACUUACUGGCCUCAAGCCUUCCUUGGUGAGCAGUUUUCUGCUCGUAUUCACUGUUUGAGGAGCUGUAUCACAAUUUUUAUGCCAUUUUUCUGUUGAAGAAAAUUGCUUCCUAAUAGGCCAUUUCCGAGUUGCUUUUACCUCUGUUUCAAAAUGAGUGUUGGUGCACAACCUUUCAUAUUGAAAUGAGAUUUUCUUGCGCAUUCAUUGUAUGACAAAUCAAACUCAUUAAUAUAUGAAAGGUUGUGCACCAGGACUUGUACUGAAACAGAGGGAAAAAGCCACUUGGAAAGACUUAUUGAAGCUAGAGAUAUAGAUUUGUGAAGAUAAUAGAUGACAGUUUUGUAAAUAAGAAGAAAACACUAAAAAUAUCACUCACGGAUAGUUGUUAUUAAUGAGGAAGAAUAAGAUGGAUUGCAA